AUGCAUAAUCGUGACACAUUAAAGAUCAAAGCAAUCAAGUCGAAUGAUCCGCACGAUUGGGCCAAGUUUAAAAGAAUGCGUAACAAGGUUAAUACUGAAAUUAAAGCUGCUAAAGAAUUAUUUUACAACAAUAAGUUUACUGAAACUAAUGGCGACCCGCGUAAAACGUGGCAAAUCAUCCACGAUCUUACAUCUCGUAAAGCCGCUAAUUUAUCGAUUAGAGAAAUAAAUCUAAAUGGUACUUCUAUAUCUGAACCAUCCGACUUGUCGAAUGCUUUCAAUGAUCAUUUCUCAUCAAUAGGACCUAAACUUGCUAAUGACAUCCCAUUAUCU